AAAGCUCAAGAGAGAACGAGUCAGAGAGACUGACCCUCUCUUUCAUCUUCAUCUUCUUCCUCCGAAACCCAGAGAAGAAUGCCAUAGCCAAAAAUUUCUCCCAGAAUCCCGAAAAGCCACACUAAAAAACCCUAACAAUGGAAUCUAGCAUUCUCGAAUCCCUAGGCGUGGAGAUCAUCGGCGUCAUGGCUCCAGUCUCCAUUUGCAUGUUCCUCGUUGUCCUCCUCACUUACUCUCUCUCCGUCACCUCAGAUUCGCAGAUCCGUACCGCCGCGAACCUCGUUUACCUCGAGAACCCCUCGGAUUCCGCCGCCGUGAAGCUCGAAGGCAGCAUCGCCAACGCCGUCGUAUUCGUCGUCCUCGUCGCCGUCGUCACCUUCGUCCUCGUUCUCCUCUACUACUACAACUUCACCAACUUCCUCAAGCAUUACAUGCGCUUCUCCGCCUUCUUCGUCCUCGGUACGAUGGGUGGCGCGAUUUUCUUGUCGAUCAUCCAGCAUUUCUCCAUUCCCGUUGAUUACAUUACAUGCUUGAUAUUGCUUUUCAACUUCACCGUUCUGGGGACUUUGUCUGUGUUUUCGGGUGGAAUUCCUAUCGUUCUGAGGCAGUGUUACAUGGUUAUAAUGGGGAUUGUUGUAGCUGCUUGGUUCACUAAGUUGCCCGAAUGGACAACGUGGGUUAUAUUGAUGGCUUUGGCUCUGUAUGAUUUGGUGGCUGUUCUGGCUCCUGGUGGACCGCUUAAGCUAUUGGUGGAGUUGGCUUCUAGCCGUGACGAGGAACUUCCCGCCAUGGUCUAUGAAGCUAGACCGACAGUUUCUAGUAAUGACAGAAGAAAUCGUGGUUCAAGCUUAAGGCUUUUGGUCGGUGGGGCUUCAGAUUCUAGAUCGGUAGAGAUGCAAGCAGUAUCGAAUCAAAGUCCAGAUAGUAGCAGAAACGAAAGCUCUCAUCGUGUGGAGUAUAAUGCCCUUGUGGCGAGAGAUGUAGAUAAUACAGAUGGUAAUGGCAACAGAGACGAGGUUGAGAAUUCUCCUCUGGUUGGUAAUCCAAGGGAUAGAUACUCGACAUCUGGUGCGUCUUCCGAGCACUCAACUGCAACUGAAAUCAGAGGAAAUAGAGAAACCCGUGAAAGUUCAACUGUAGAUGAAGAAAUGUCGCCGCUGGUUGAGCUGAUGGGUUGGGGAGAUGGGGAAGAAUCGAGAGGAAGGGAUGCUUCUGAUAUGGUCGAGAUUUCGAACAGAGGCAUCAAACUCGGUCUCGGAGACUUUAUUUUCUACAGUGUUCUAGUUGGCCGGGCUGCAAUGUACGAUCUGAUGACGGUAUAUGCCUGUUACCUUGCGAUUAUUUCGGGCCUUGGAUGCACUCUCAUCCUGCUGUCUGUGUACAACCGAGCUCUUCCGGCCCUUCCCAUAUCCAUCGCAUUAGGUGUCGUUUUCUACUUCUUGACGAGAUUAUUCAUGGAGCCGUUUGUUGUGGGGACGGCAACUAACCUGAUGAUGUUCUGAUUAAAGGUUUGGUAAUGGAACAAGUGAAUGAUAGUUCGUAUUGUUUGGAGAAGGUAUUGAUGUUUCUUCUUGAUACGCAGCUUUUUAUAUGGAGCCGUAGAAUGUGACACACAGAAGAACUGACCCCCAUUGCACUAAUGGUGUGAUGUUAUACUGAUUAAUGUUUCAAAGAUGUUUAGAAUCUUGAAAAGUAUAUCAUGUUUAUAUAGGCGAUCGGUUAAGGUUUGGUUUGGUUAUUUUCCGGGUUUCUAUUUUUUCGGUUUUGGAAAAGUCAUAUAUGUUUAGUUUUUAUGUUUGAUUCAAUUCGGUUUGUUUUUUUUUUUUUUAAUUUGGUUUACUUGAUGCCAUUAUAUAGGAAUAUUUGGUUUUGUUCGGUUCGCAAUUUAAAUCAAAUUCUGUUUGGUUAUAUUA